AUGCAUAUUACAACGACACUGCAAUUUGAAAAAGGACCACGAAAGGUAAUAAAGCGUGCUUGGGAACGUCCAUCAUUUAUGGUCGCAAAACGGAAUGCCCGAGAACGGACACGAGUUCAUGCUGUUAAUCAGGCUUUUGUUGCACUGAAAUUUCAUUUGCCGGCAAUACGAUCCAAUACAAAAAGAGUAUCGAAGUUAAAAAUUCUAAGGGCUGCUAUUAAUUACAUUGCUGCGCUGACCGAUUUACUUCACGGAAAUACAGAUUUUCCGAAGUUGAAUGCAUCGAACUAUUGCUCCGAGGGCACCAUGAAUGCCUCGUCUGGCAAUAGACGUGACAAUCAAGUAACAAGUAAGGAUAAUGUAAUGAAGAGAGAAGAGGCGCAACAACAUCAACAACGCGUCGUACAUCAAAACAUCUACGAUGCUGUUCAGUGUUAUGAUAAGCAGUACUGA